AUGUUGGGUCUUUUGAUUUUUCUCACCGGACUUAGUCUAACUCUUGGAGCCGCGCCAGAUUGCGCAAAAAUCCCACCAAGUCUAUGGUGCGCAAAUCCAACUAUUCAAAGCACAUGUGGAUUUACGGAGCCGUGCAAAAAGCACGAGAUUGCCACGUCACAACACAAAUUGAACAUUACCGUACUUGUUGAGGCGUUGUGUCCGGAUUGUCAGCAAUUUUUGACCAAACAACUUUAUCCGGUGAUUUUUAAGAAUUUCGCGGAUUACGUCAAUAUUCAAUUGGUCCCGUUUGGAAAUGCCAAAGUUUUGCAGGUAAAAUUUUCAAAUUUCAAAUUUUCGCGCGAAAAUCUUCUAGGAUUACUGUAGGGCGCGAAAAUCAAAAUUUUGAAAUUUCAAAAUUAUAAGCCUGUAGGUUUCUAGAUAGCUAAGCCUAAGCCUAAGCUUUAGGCUAAGCCUAAGCUUUAGGCUAAACCUAAGCUUUAGGCUAAACCUAAGCUUUGGGCUAAGCCUAAGCUUUAGGCUAAGCCUAAGCUUUAGGCUAAGCCUAAGCCUAGGCUUGAGAUUAGGCCUAAGUUUAGACCUGAUCCAAGUCUAGGCUUGUUUAGUGUCAAAAAAUUCCAAAUUUUUUUUGUUUUUUUUUUUGAGGUUAAGCCUAAGUCUAGUCCUAAGUCUAGAAAAAUUCCCGAAUUUCAGGAUGGCACAAUUCAAUGUCAACACGGUGAACAAGAAUGUUCAAUCAACAAAUUCCAAAGUUGUUUCAUCGAUUCGAUGGCCGAUCAAAACCCACUCCCAGCAAUCGCAUGUAUCGAAGAAAAUCUGGCGAAAAAAGUCGAAUUCGCCGACGCCGUUCAACAGUGUUUCGAAAAAUUGCAAAUUGGCGGAGAUGUUCAGCGACUCACACAAAGUUGCCUGGUCUCGAAGUUGGGAACUCAACUCCAACUUCAGGCCGCCAAAGCGACUUCGGAAGUUUGGCCUGAGCAACACAAAUUUGUUCCGUGGGUUGUGGUGAAUGGUGUGAGCUUGGUGAAGUUGCAGGGAUUUCAGAAUGAUUUGGCGGUUUUGAUUUGUGAAUGGUGAGAGGGAUUUUAGGGUUCGGGUUGAAAUUUGGAACUUUUUGAGACUAAAUAUGCCUAGGCUUAGGCUCAAUCUGAAGCCUAGGCUUAGGCGUAGAACUAUGUUUAGGCUUAGUCUGAAACCUAGGCUUAGGCUGAGCCUAAAGCUUAGGCUCAAUCUGAAGCCUAGGCUUAGGUCUAAGCUUAGGCUUAGCCUAAAGCUUAGGCUUAAUCUGAAGCCUAGGCUUAGGCUUAGCCUAAAGUUUAGGCUUCUCCUCGAGGACUACACGGAAAUAUUUUCUAUACCAGAUUUUCUUCGAGAGAACUACCAAAAUUACCAAAAAAUCAUUUCUAGAUCAAAAUUUCGAGUCAAAUCCGAAAAAAUGACUUAAUUUUGACCCCCAAAAAAUUUUUGCAGGUAUUCUGGCGAUAAACCAAUUCCAUUCUGCGAAGCCUCAUUGAAAAAAAAGUAUCGCAAUUCAUCCGUCCGACUUUUCUCAAACUAA